AUGGCACCGAGUAAUCCUGAUCUAACCACUUCUCGUCACGUGGCGGUAAUCGGAGCCGGAGCCGCUGGACUCGUGGCUGCUCGUGAGCUACGUCGUGAAGGCCACUCAGUGGUCGUAUUAGAGCGCGGUAGCCAAAUAGGUGGCGUGUGGGCUUACACCUCUCAAGUCGAACCCGACCCGCUUAGCCUCGACCCGACCCGGCCCAUCGUUCACUCGAGCCUCUACAAAUCACUACGCACCAACAUCCCCCGAGAGUGCAUGGGUUUCACCGACUUUCCUUUUGCGACCCGACCACACGACGGCUCAAGGGAUCCGAGAAGACAUCCUGGUCAUAGCGAGGUUCUUGCUUACCUGCGAGACUUUGCUAAGGAAUUCGAUAUCGAGGAGAUGAUUAGGUUCGAGACGGAGGUUGUCAAGGCGGAGCCGGCGGCGGCAGAGGAGGAUUGUCGGAAGUGGAGGGUUGAAUCGAGAAGCUCAGAUGGUGUUGCUGACGAGAUAUACGACGCUGUCGUGGUUUGUAACGGACACUAUACAGAGCCACGUCAUGCUCUUAUCGCUGGCAUAGACUCAUGGCCAGGUAAGCAAAUUCACAGCCACAAUUACCGUGUUCCUGAUCCAUUCAAAGAUCAGGUGGUGAUAGUGAUUGGAAGCUCAGCGAGUGGAGUCGAUAUAAGCAGAGAUAUAGCUAAAGUCGCGAAAGAAGUCCACGUCUCGUCUAGAUCGACUUCACCGGAGACCUACGAGAAGCUUCCCGGUUACGACAAUCUAUGGCUUCACCCAACGAUUGAAACUGCCCGCGAAGAUGGUUCGGUGGUUUUCCAAAACGGGAAAACGGUUUACGCGGAUGCUAUCAUGCAUUGUACCGGGUACAAGUAUCACUUCCCGUUUCUUGACACUAAAGACCAAGUGACAGUCGACGAUAAUCGCGUUGGACCAUUGUAUAAGCAUGUAUUUCCUCCGGCUCUUGCCCCGGGCCUUUCGUUCAUUGGCUUACCAUGGCAGAUCACUCCCUUUCCGAUGUUUGAGCUUCAAAGCAAGUGGGUCGCAGCGGUUUUGUCUGGACGGGUAUCUCUCCCAUCGCAAGACGAGAUGAUGGAAGACACUAAGGCGUUUUACGAUAAACUCGAAGCUUCGGGUAUUCCCAAAAGAUAUACGCAUUUGAUGCCUGAUGACUCUCAGUUUGAGUACGAUAACUGGCUUGCGGAUCAAUGUGACUACCCACGGAUAGAGAAGUGGAGAGAAGAAAUGUUUUACAUCGGUUUCAAGAGAAUUUACGCACAAUCCGCUACAUAUAGAGAUAAUUGGGACGAUGAUCACCUCAUCGUAGAAGCAUACGAUGAUUUUGUUAAGUUUAUGUCGAGCUAUCCAGAACUUUUGCCGUUGCUGAAAACCUAA